AGACCCCGACGAAAACUUGAAACAAAAUUUAGAGGAUGGAGAUAUGAGAUGGAGAUGUAAAGGUCAUGGCUCUUUCAGCCCAAAAUGAUACAGGACAAAGCGGAGCUGAAGAGCAAAAAAUGGUCAAAAAGAAUGCAUUAAGUGCUGAAGUGAAGAGCAAGCAUGAUUCGGGGAUCUGCCUGGAAACUGGAAUGUGUUUUCCACCUUUUGAGAAAAUGGAAAGUAUGAAGGUGCCAGGCUCAGUGCCAAUAUCGCUGGCCCACAGCACCCCUAAUUCCGAAGAGAAUGCACCGCCUUUGAUGGAUGUACAGUUUACUGGGCAUUUUGAUGAUGAAAACCAACCAUCGAAACAGCACAUCGCUUACCACGUACUUUCAAACCUGCUAGAUGACGAAAUCAACGACGGAGGAGCGCAGCACACGGCAAUUUCCAAAACAGAGCUGAAUGAUGUGUUUGACGCUGGCUCCUGGCCGCCAAGCAUCUCUUCUUUGUCAUCUAGUUUCAGUCUGAACCUUGACCUCCACGACAAUGCCAACCAGGCUGGAUUUCCAGGAAGAAUCAUUCACGACAUUUGGUCGCCGAACCCUUCUCCCAAAGGCUCCUACCCAUCAACCCCGAGUGAAGACAGCAUUCCGUAUUUUCCCAGUAGUCAUGACAACCGUGAGUCCCCAUAUCACAACGGCAGUCCAGUAGAUCUUCUUAUGGGUAGGUGCAGUGGUUCUCCGAUGCUUGCAUCGCCGUGUUGCCUCUCAUCUGACCAGUCGUUUUUGUCACACAAUCAAAGGAAAGAGACAUCCCCGUUCUAUGGAUCUGGCUACGUCAGCAUGGAUUCUUUCAACAACAACCACGGAGUAAGCAAUGGCUUUGAUAACGGACUUGAUAUUGAGCAUGGCAAACUUCAAAGGCAGAAUAUGCAUGCCAUCAGAGCCUUGCAGUUCGCCGACCCUGGUAAUGAUGGGCAGUUUGGUGGGCAGGACUCAGGGGGGAGAGAGCCAACUCCAACAGGGCUUUCAGAUGAUCCACACAAGCACGAAACAAGGUCUAGAAAACAUCAGGUUCACUUCGAAGAAAGAGAGAAGAACGGUUUUGUGAGCAAGCAUAAGAACGGACAAGUCAUACCGUCGAGGGAGGAAAUGAUGUCUGCAGGAAAACGACUUGGAUCAGGUCUAGAUGAAUGUUUGGAGCAACUUAGGCACUUGGAGAGGGAAUGUCGUAAGGCAGAACAAGAGCUGUCCAAGGUUUACCCUUCGAGACGCCGAUCUUCAUCAAGUGGUGGUGGCUAUCAUACCAGAAUGUCGUCUAACCCAACAAGAGUGGAUAAAAUGAUUCACGAACAAAUCAAAGUUCAUGAUAAGGUUGAGUCUCUGAUCGGUCGAAUUGAACGGCUGGGAAGGAGGCCUUUGCAUUCCAACGUAGGAGUUGCUUUAGACAAGUGGCUGGCAUGUAUAAGAGAGCUGCAAAAUUUGAGGAAAAACGAAAUCAAUAGCAGCCCAGGGUCGCAUGUGGGAAGUUAUGGCUGUAAGUCUUACGAUGAUCGAGAUUUACUGGCGUUAGGAAGCUGCAUAAAGAGUCUGGUUACGCACACAAGAGAGGCUAGGACAACAGUGUGGUGUGCCACCCAGAUGCUGCAUGCUGAAGACUACUGGAUGAUGCGACCAAGCGAGAGCUGCACCAGCCUCGAGCACCACUCAGACCUGUCUAGCGAGAAGUCGUAGAGGGCAGAGGGCCUGACCAGUCAGUCUUGGGUAUUUACGUGAUGAGGACGUGGUUGUUUCCUCGGUUUAAAGAUCUUUGCUAUCACGUGUUGUUGGGUCAUUUUAUGGCACCCAGCCGUGAUUCCUCGGCACUUGUUUGUCUUGCAAAAUUCUCGUGGGAUCAAUAUUUUCGCUUCAUUAGUAGCAGCUAGCCUGCUACAAAAGCAAUUUAAUCGUGUUGUUGACUCGUGUUUUGCAGAGGAACUUUAAAACAUUUUGAAUGAGAAAUUGAAGAUUUUGGAGAGAAGAGAUCGAGCUUGACAAGCCUGGAAUUAUCUUGGGACCUUUGGAAUUUAAUUGACUUUAUUACGACACGUGUAGAAGUUUGCAUGAAGAAGUCCAAAAACAGUCACAGCUUGCUACUGAUGCACAAUUUGCAGUUUGUUAGCAAUGGGAUUGCAGCUUUUUGCUAGUAUUUUCAUCUUUGUAGUUACCAAGUCAUCAUGAAGUUUUACUGCGGAGGAUUUUAAUGCAGUUACUGAAAAUUGUCAACUUUAAAUUGACUUUAUUUACUUUUUUGUCUUGGAAAUUAACACACUUCGCCAGCACUUAAAACUGAUAUUCCGAAUCCCCAUUUAUUUACUCACGAUUAAUGUACUUGUUGUGAUUGCAAUUUGAUGUUUCAAAUUUUUCUUCCCUUGAUUUAGGAUUGUCCAAUUUCCAGACUUCUGUAUAACAUUUUGAAUUUUUAAGAAGAUUUCUGAUAAUAUCAGCGAUGUAAUUGGGUUUUAGAGGAGGGAGACCGAUGAGUUGGGGUUUAUAAAUAUUCAACAAUUAUUUUUUCGAUUAUCAACAUAUGCUUCAAAUUUUUCCCUGAUUUUUGCUGACUUAAUUAUUUCGCUGAUUAUUAUAAAGUUUUCACAAUAGCCACUUAAAACCUUGUUAACCUCCAUAUUGCAAUAUUUUUCACUGAACUUGUGUAAGAGAAAUUCGUGUUGUCAAACUCGUUUUACACCGGUAAUUUCACUCAUCCUAUAAUUGUUUUAAAAAGGUUGAAUAUCUCGAUUGGCCUUCUGGCGGUUCAGAUGUCUCCUCUGUUCGGUGGACCAAGAUUGGAACAUUUGACUCAUUUUAAUCUGACGUUCCCAAUCUUUUCCUUAUUUUCCAAUGAAACACUUGCAAUGCGGGUUCCAUUAGAUUUUGCCCCCUUAUACCCCCUAGAGUAUUUAAGCCCCCAGUCGAUAUGUUAUUUUGAUUUGUGAAUCCUUUAUGCAAGAACAUCUCUGUAGCUAGCAGCCAUUGUUUUAAGAUGUCAGUUAAAGGGGUUCCUACUAAUACUAGAUCCUCUGUAUUGCCUGAGAAUUCGCGAUGUUUCUUCCUAAAUAAAGAUUGCGUCAUUUCACUUCGCUGCAUGGUUCAUGUCUAUAGUCCCUAAACUGAGGAUGGCAUUGGAUCCGUUUGAGGCAUCAUUGCCUAGUGUAUUUAUAUCGCUGCAUCGAUGGUUUGUACGUUUUAUUGUGUAUCUCAAGUGUGCCUUGGAAGGAAUUUAUCAAAUUAUAGCGGGAGAUAAAUCAAAACCUAUUGUCUUCUUUGAGUUUA